AUGCCUUUCCCAGCCUGGUGGGUGCUGCUGGGCAUCUGUGCGGCUGUCCCGGGGCUGCAAGCAGUGGCAGGCAGCUUCCCACCCCCUUGUGCCAGGCGAGUUCUGUCAGUUGCUGAGGGCGGACCACGGUGCAAGGGCCUGUCUGGGGAGCUGGAGCAAGAGCCCCCCCUGACCCCUGGGGCCGCCUUCUCCAGCCAGGUCUACUGCACUGGGGAGCUGCUGAGGCAGGUGCAGAUGAGCAGGCUCUUCCCCGACGACAAGCACUUUGUGGACAUGCCCCUGCGAGGGAGCCCAGAGGAGGCUCUGCAGGACUUCCAGCAGCUGGUGAAUGCCAUGCCCGGCAGGGCUGUGUCCAAACAACAGCUGAUGGACUUUGUAGAGAGUCACUUCUCUCCCCCUGGGCAGGAGCUGGAUCCCUGGGAGCCUGCAGACUGGACCCAGAGCCCAGAGCUGCUCGGGCGGAUUUCUGACCAGAGGCUGCGCUCCUGGGCCCAGGCGCUGAACGCCAAGUGGAAGGUGCUGGGCAGAAAGAUCAAAGCUGACGUCCAGACCAGACCAGACCGCUACUCCCUGAUCUACGUGCCGAACCCACUGGUGGUGCCCGGGGGGCGAUUCAGAGAGUAUUACUACUGGGACUCCUUCUGGGUCAUGGAAGGACUGCUGCUCUCCAACAUGACGGCCACGGUGAAGGGCAUGAUCCAAAACUUCCUUCAUCUGGUGGAGAAGUACGGGCACGUCCCCAACGGAGGCCGGGUGUACUACGAGCGCCGGAGCCAGCCGCCUUUCCUGACCCUCAUGAUGGAGGCCUACCUGAACCGCACCCAGGACUUGGCCUUCCUCAACCAGAGCCUCCAUCUCCUGGAAGAGGAGUACCGCUUCUGGCAGGAGCAGAGGGCUGUCAACAUCAGCGUGGGGGGCCAGGAGCACUCCUUGAACCGCUACAGCGUGCCGGUGGGGGAGCCCAGGCCGGAGUCCUACAGCAAGGACGUGGAGAUUGUGCAGGGCCUACCGGCAGAGGCGCAGGAGGCACUGUGGGCCGAGCUGAAGGGCGCAGCGGAGUCGGGCUGGGACUUCUCGUCGCGCUGGUUCCUGCCAGGGCCGCCGCCUGCUGAGGCCACCCUGCAAGACACGCAGACCAGCGCCGUCGUGCCCGUCGACCUCAAUGCCAUCCUGUGCCGCGUGGAAGCGCUCCUGGCCGCCUUCUGCCAGGCGCUUGGGGAUGCUGAGGGGGCUGAGCGGUUCCAGGCAGCUCACGAGCGGCGGGUGGCGGCAGUGCGGGCUGUCCUGUGGAACGAGGCGGCCGGCGUCUGGCUGGAUUACAACCUGGCGCGCGGCAGGCACAACCAGGCCUUCUACCCGUCCAACCUAACCCCGCUGUGGGCCAAGUGUGACCUGGAGGGUGCUGCCACCGAGAAGGCCCUGCGCUACCUUGAGAGCACCCCUGCCCUGUCCUAUGCCCAUGGGCUGCCGACCUCCCUGGCUCACACAGGCCAGCAGUGGGACCUUCCGAAUGCAUGGGCCCCGCUCCAGCAUAUGGUGAUUGCAGGUCUGGCCAAGUCCUCCUCCCCGCAGGCCCAAGCCCUAGCCUUCAGCCUGGCUCAGAACUGGGUGAGAAUGAACCUGGCUGUCUACGAGAGGUACCAGGCCAUGUUUGAGAAGUAUAAUGUUGAAGGUGACGGGAGCCCAGGCGCAGGUGGGGAGUAUGUCGUUCAGGAGGGCUUCGGCUGGACAAAUGGGGUGGCCCUGCAGCUCCUGGAUCUCUUUGGUGACCGCCUCACUGCUGCAGGCUCCUCCCUGCCGCGCUGCUCCUGGGCCUGGAUUGGGGCCUUCCUUGCCCUGCUGCUUGCACAGCAGCAGCCUUUGUGAGGGGCACAAGGAGCACAGCAGGGCUGCUGGCGGAAGGCUGGCGUUGCUCUGCAAUAUUAAAAACUAACCAAACUCCC